GCACUUGGUUUCUACCCUGGUGUGUAGCGAGCUGCCUGUAGUACUUUGGAGGUGGAAUCAACAUUGUGUAAAGCCAGGUUUGUUCCUGUUUGUCAAACAAGAUCACUUAACACCUCUGGCUUGGGUAACUGUGCUUUCCCAUGAAGUGAGAGGACUGCUGAGCUGGAGAAAUGGAGGAGGCCUCUCCCAGAUGAAUUCCAGAGCACAAGGCCCUUAUGUUAAAAGUAGCAAGAGAAUGAACGAGAAAAAGACAGAGCAUGCUGCUACUGACACACAUGUGGCAUGAGAAAUGGCUGAGAUCGAAGAAGGGGGCAAAGCAGACUUGGUAAGCUCCAAACUGCGGGCCGGGGACGAGGUGGUGCACAUCAACGAGGUCGCGCUGAGCAGCUCCAGAAGGGAGGCCGUUUCCCUGGUGAAAGGAUCCUACAAGACCCUCAGGCUGGUGGUGCGCAGAGAUGCGUGUGCAGACCCGGGCCCUGCAGACACUGGCACCUCUGACUCCUUCGGCCCAGAGCACCUCACCUCUAACCCCCAGCACAGGAAAGCAGCGUGGUCAGGAGGAGUUAAGCUUCGGCUGAAGCACAGGCGCAGUGAACUUGCCAGCCGACCUCACUCUUGGCAUUCAACCAAAUUUGGGGAGAACCAACCCGAUGCCAGCAUGAUGCAAAUAUCUCAGGGCAUGAUUGGCACUCCUUGGCCCCAGAGCUACCAUUCCAGCUCCUCGACAAGUGACCUCUCCAACUAUGACCAUGCUUAUCUGAGACGGAGCCCUGACCAGUGCAGCUCCCAGGGGAGCAUGGAGAGCCUGGAGCCCAGUGGGGGAUACCCACCCUGCCAUCUUCUUUCCCCUGCCAAGUCCACCAGCAGCAUUGACCAGCUCAGCCACCUCCAUAACAAGAGAGACUCGGCUUACAGCUCCUUCUCCACCAGUUCUAGCAUCCUAGAGUACCCACCCCCUGGCAUCUCGGGCCGAGAGCGUUCAGGCUCCAUGGAUACCACUUCUGCUCGAGGUGGCCUCCUAGAAGGGAUGAGGCAGGCAGACAUUCGCUAUGUCAAGACAGUCUAUGAUCCCCGGAGGGGAGUCUCAGCAGAAUAUGAGGUGAACUCUUCAGCCCUGCUUCUCCAAGGUCGGGAAGCCCGAGCAUCAGCAGAUGGGCAGGGCUAUGAUAAAUGGCAUAACGUUCCUCGGGGCAAGGGAGCGCCACCCCCAUCCUGGAGCCAGCAGUGCCCCAGUUCCUUGGAGACUGCCACGGACAACUUGCCUCCUAAAGUGGGUGCGCCCCUGCCCCCAGCUCGGAGUGACAGUUAUGCAGCCUUUCGGCACCGAGAGCGGCCCAGCUCUCUGUCUAGCCUUGAUCAGAAACGGUUCUGCCGGCCUCAGACAAACUCUGCAGGCCCCCUGAAAUCUCCCUUCAUAGAGGAGCAGCUGCACACUGUGCUAGAGAAGAGUCCAGAAAACAGCCCCCCUGUGAAGCCCAAGCAUAAUUACACCCAGAAGGCCCAACCUGGCCAACCUCUGCUGCCGACUGGCAUCUACCCAGUACCUUCCCUGGAGCCACACUUUGCCCAGGUGCCCCAGCCUUCCGUGAGUAGUAACGGCACGCUCUACCCUGCACUGGCCAAAGAGAGCGGGUAUACGGCUCCUCAGGGGGCCUGCGACAAGAUGGCUACCCUUGAUGAGAAUGGGAACCAAAAUGGAUCUAGCAGGCCUGGGUUUGCCUUCUACCAGCCCCCAGAACAUGACCCAAUGUCCUCAGUAGAGAGGAGACUUGAAACUUCAGCCAAAUGUGUCCCCUUCAAAGUCCAUUUCCCUUCAGUGCCUGAAAACGAGGAGGAUGCCUCCCUGAAGAGACACCUCACACCUCUCCAAGGCAACAGCCCGUAUCCCAGUGAGAAAAAGAGCACCCACAGUGACAAACCAUAUUCUAAUUACCACAGCCUCAAAUCCCCUCAGGCUCAGGCCUGGCAAGCAGCGGAAGACAAGAGAUCUUCCAGGCCCUCAGCGCCUUGGGAGGGUGACUUCCGUGAAGACCACAAUGCCAACCUCCGGCAGAGGCUGGAGAGAGAAGGCCUAAGCCAGAGCCCGUCAAGCAACUUCGGCAAGACCAAGGCAGCCUUCUCCUCUCUCCAGAACAUUCCUGAGAGUCUAAGGCAGCAAAGUAGCCUGGAGCUAGAAGGGGGAGCCCAGGAGGGCUACCUGGAUGGCCGGCCCACCUGUGCAGUCAACACCAAGGCGGACUCUGGAAGGAAAGCUAUUCCUGAUCACAGGAGCCAUCUGGACAGGCCGGUUUCUUAUCCGAGGCCCGAGGGGAGAACCAGUGCCUUGGCCUCUUUCCACAGUCCAGACCCCGGCUAUGAAGAGCCGCCCUCCCCACCCCACCAGCAGACAUCCAGUCUGGGCCGGAGGAGGCUGAGCUCGGGCAGCGCCUCGGCCCUGCAGGCCUUGCAGUACGGGAAGCCGCACUGCUCGGUGCUGGAGAAGGUUUCCAGGAUUGAGCAGCGCGAACAAGGCAGCCAGAGACCCCCGGCUGCGGGCAGCUCCGGUUAUGGCUAUCACUACAGGCCCAACAGGACGCUCCCAGCUUCCACUGUUUCUGGCAAUGACCUCGAGGAGACAAAAGCCAAUGUCCGCUUUUCCGACUCCACUGAACCCCUAGGCCAUGGGGAGCAGCACCUCAAAAACGGGGAGGCGAAGCCAGAGGACGCGUCCCGACAGCCGUGCGGUCCGCAGCUGAGGAGGGGCGCCGAGGGCGGCCGCGGCCCCCCGGCCCGGGCCGGUGAGCCCCCGAGGCGGGACGCGCGCCUGCCCCGCAGCCAGAGCACCUUCCAGCUCUUCAGCGAGGCCGACAAGGAGGCCAUGUGGCGGGACAGCAGGCCCGGUUCGCCCGAGUCGCCGGUGCUGGACGCCCCCUUCAGUCGCGCCUACCGGAACAGCAUCAAGGACGCGCAGUCCCGCGUCCUGGGGGCCACCUCCUUCCGCCGCCGGGACCUCGAGCUGGGGGCCCCCGCAGCCUCGAAGCCCUGGCGGCCGCGGCCUGCCUCCGCCCAUCUGGGGCUGCGCAGCCCGGAGGCACCCGCUUGCUCGUCCCCGCACACCCCGCGCGAGCGGCACAGCGUGACCCCGGCCGAGGGCGAGCCGGCCCGGCCCGCGGCCCUAGGCGCCCGGAGGGGUCCGCGCCGGCGCCUGACCCCCGAGCAGAAGAAGCGCUCGUACUCGGAGCCCGAGAAGAUGAACGAGGUGGGGGUCUCGGAGGAGGCCGAGCCGGCGGCCCUGGGCGCGCAGAGGCAGGCACUGCCCUUCCCCGAGAGCACGGUGGCCGAGCGGCGCCGCCUCUUCGAGCGCGACGGCAAGGCCUGCUCCACGCUCAGCCUGUCGGGGCCCGAGCUGAAGCAGUUCCAGCAGAGCGCGCUGGCCGACUACAUCCAGCGCAAGACCGGCAAGCGGCCCUCGGCCGGCGGCCCCCCGGAGCCCGGGCCGCUGCGGGAGCGCGCGCAAAGCGCCUACCUGCAGGCCGGCCCCGCGGCGCCCGAGGGCCCCGGGCUCGCCUCGGCCUCCAGCCUCAGCUCGCUGCGGGAGCCGGGCCUGCAGCGCCGCAGGGACGCCGGCGCCCUCCUGCCGGCACCCGGGGAGCCCUCACGCGCCCCCCGAGAUCGCAGUAGCUCCUUCGCCAUCAGCCGCCGCCCCGGGGACUGGCGACGCGGCGACCAAGCCCCGAGGGAGCUGCCCGGGGGAGCUAACGGCGGACCUAAGGGCACCCAGAGGAUGGACAGGAGCCCGGGGGAGCCCUCCUUGUGGGGGGCCGCGGCCAGGAGGGCCGGGAAGUCCAUGUCGGCCGAGGACCUGCUAGAGCGCUCCGAUGUCCUGGCCGUCCCGGUCCACGUGAGGUCGCGGUCAUCUCCCACAGCGGACAAGAAGCUCCAGGAUGUGUUUUUGGGGGAAAACAAUGGCUUUGGUCUUGUGAAGGAUCCAUGUAAUUUGGCUGGCCCUGGAUCUAGGUCACUCAGUUGUUCGGAAAGAGGCCGAGAAGAGGUGCUGUUGCUCAAACACAAUCCUAGCCCUCGUUGGGGUGGUUCAGGCUGCAAAGCAGUUAGUGGUGACUCAGUUCCCAGUGAAUGUCCUGGACCGCUGGACCAUCAGAGGCAGGCUGGCAGAACGCCUUGCCCUAGGCCACUGCCCGCAGGAAUGCAAAAACAUCUCACAGACCCCAGGGCUGUAUCGCUGACCCCCCUCAGCUCAGCUCUGCCUUCCUCUGUCCCCUCCAGCUACUGCUCACAGGCUGCCACGCAUCAGCCAACUGGAAGGGAUGGUCAGACGGGGCAACAGCCUCUUCUGCUGUACACCCCAGCAGUGGCCCACAGAAGCAACGGUCACAGCCUGGCCCGGCCUCCCAGUCCAAGAGGCCAUGAGCCCAACAGCCCAGAGCAUGGGAUAGAAGAAGGAAUGAGGAAGCGUGUCUCACUGCCUCAGAGGCCUGCCCCGCCUCGGGUGAAAUGGGCCCAUGCAAUCAAAGAGGACAGCCUCCCCGAGGAAUCCUCGUUGCCUGAGUUUGCAGACCUGAAGCACUAUAAAAAACAGCAGAAUCUUCCCAAUUCAAGCAGCACUUCUGACCCAGACACGCCUCUUGGGAUCCCAAGCACUCUGGGGAGGAUCUCCCUCCGAAUAUCCGAGUCGGUCCUGCAGGCAUCCCCACCACCUCCGGAGGACUAUGAUGAUGAAGUGUUUGUGAAGGACUUGCACCCCAACGCCACUUCCAGCCCCACAUUUGAAGCUCUUCCCCCACCCCCACCUCCUCCACUGAGCCAGGAAACCCUGGUGAAUAGCUUGGAUGACUUUCCUCCACCUCCUCCCCAAGCUGUGUAUGAGGCGCAGCUGGACAGCGAGGAUUAUAAGGAGCCCCAUGCCAGCAGCUCCAGCAAAUUUGCCAAGGUGACAAUUGCCAAGGAAAGGCCCAUGCCUGGUGCAGCCCAUUUGGUUAGUAGUCAGAUACUGGCUUCCAGAUCUCAAGCUUCUGGUGUGGGUUCAGAGACCCAUGAGACCAACCUGCCCUCUACCAUGGGUGCUCUGCCACAGCUUGCUGGGUCUCUUGGCCAGCAGCCAAGCUUGGGGCAGCUGCCUCCCAUCCGGACCCAAAGCCUCAUCCAUGACCCAGUCAAUGGGACUCAGAGUUUAGAAAAGAAUGUCAGCUCUAGUCCUCAGAAGACCUCGGAAGACAUCAGAACAGAGGCUCUGGCCAAGGAAAUUGUCCACCAAGACAAAUCUCUGGCAGACAUUUUGGAUCCAGAUUCUAGAAUGAAGACAACUAUGGACCUGAUGGAAGGUUUGUUUCCCCGAGAUGUUAACUUGCUGAAGGAAAGCAGCAUAAUGAAGAAGACCACGCUGAGAACUGUCAACUACCUAGGAUGUGAAGGCAAGAGAAGUGAAGACAAGGAAGCCGUGGGCAUGUUGGUUCACUGUCCUGCCUACUACAGUGUGUCUGCUCCCAAGGCUGAACUUCUGAACAAAAUCAAAGAUAUGCCAGAAGAGGUGAAUGAGGAAGAAGAGCAGGUGGAUGUCAACGAAAAGAAGGCCGAGCUGAUUGGAAGCCUCACCCACAAGCUUGAGAACCUCCAGGAAGCGAAGGGGAGUCUGCUGAUGGACAUCAAGCUCAAUAACGCCUUGGGAGAAGAGGUGGAGGCCUUGAUCAGUGAGUUCUGCAAGCCCAAUGAGUUUGACAAGUACAAGAUGUUCAUCGGGGACUUGGACAAGGUGGUAAACCUGCUGCUCUCGCUCUCAGGGCGCCUAGCCCGGGUGGAGAACGUCCUUAGCGGCCUUGGUGAAGAUGCCAGUACUGAAGAAAGGAGCUCUCUGAACGAGAAGAGGAAGGUCCUGGCUGGGCAGCAUGAGGAUGCCCGGGAGCUCAAGGAGAACCUGGACCGGAGGGAACGCGUGGUGUUGGACAUCCUGGCCAAUUACCUUUCAGAGGAGCAACUCCAGGAUUACCAGCAUUUUGUGAAAAUGAAGUCAACACUCCUCAUUGAGCAGCGAAAGCUGGACGACAAGAUCAAACUUGGCCAGGAGCAGGUCAAGUGUCUGCUCGAGAGUCUUCCCCCAGAUUUCAUUCCCAAGGCAGGAGCCCUGACUCUGCCCCCAGACCUCGCAAGUGAAAUGUCUCCUGUUGGGGGAGGUACUGUCAGUGGUAUUUUUCCAACAUUACCCUCUCCACUUUAACCUCUUCUAAAAUACCCGAACAAAAGAUCACCCUUUCUCUCAACACUAUUUAAUCUGAAAAAUGUUUCAGUACAAACCACUGUUUAAACUCUGUGGGUUAUUGGGGGUUUUUUCUGGGUAAAAGGAAAAAGUUCUAUCCAGGAAAAAGCCUGUGUUUUCCUUCUUGCCCUUCAUGAUUAUCUUCUGAGAGGUUGAAUGCUGCUGGGAUCGUACCCCUUUCUAUUAUUAUUUUGUAGUAGAAGGAAAAUUAAUGAAACUCUGAGAACUGAUUGGAGGGUGUUUGAUCGUUAGUUUUUAACAGGCUGAGGCAACACAGAUGAGUGUGUGUCACCCUCAGGAAUGUAUCCACGGUGGCCUUCCUUGCUUGUGGGCAGUGCAUCCUGAUGACAGGUACCAGUACUCAUUAAUGAAGUGUCUGCAACAUAAAGCCUUAAAGAGAAACACACACACAAGAAAAUUGUAAAACCUUGAACAUUGUUAUUUAUAUUUUUAAAAAAUGAAAAAGAUCAUUGUUUGUGUGCUAACCACUUAUUUGAUUCUAUUUUGUGGUGGACGUAGACAGUUAUGUUUGAGCUUUGUAUUUUGUGAAAACCUUAAUGAAAUGAACAAUUCCAAAGAUAGUGACA